GUCGUAUUGUUAAUUGCAAAGAAGACGACAACGACGUCGAGUCAUUCGUUCUCACGCGUUAUUCCGCUGUUUUGUUCAUCCCGAAAAGGGUAAGCGGAGAACACACCAAUCGGGAGAAAUUGGAAUCGGGAAAGAUUUUGUGUUUAGAAUCCGCAGUCCGUCUGCCGUCGUUAUUCAAGGCAAGAUAUCUGGAGCUUGAAUUGGAGGGAGUUUCUGCUGAUUUCUUAAGAUUUCAUUAUUAUGUUGAAAGUGGAGCUUGUACCGCAGUGCUGAAGAAUGUUAUAGUAUUCCAUGGAGUACUUCUUACAUAUUAGAGUCUUGCUGGUGCAGAGUUAAAGGUUGUGUUGUGUCGGUAAGGCAGUUGGAUGGAAAAGAAAAAAGUGGACGAACAAGUGGCUGCUCCUGUUGCACAGCCGAAAGUUGAUAGAUUUGGAUUUCUUAAGCUUGAAUCGAACUCUCCUGAUGGGUUAGCAAGGAGCAGAUCACCCCUUGAGUAUCAGAGCUCUUUUAGGGAGGAAAGGAAAAUUAGAAAAUGGAGAAAGAUGAUAGGGGCUGGGGGGAGUGAUUGGAAGCAUUAUGCUCGGAGGAAACCUCAUGUUGUCAAAAGGAGAAUAAGAAAAGGCAUUCCAGAUUGUCUACGAGGGCUAGUCUGGCAAUUAAUUUCUGGAAGCCGGGACCUGCUGCUAAUGAAUCCAGGUGUCUAUGAGCAACUAGUCAUAUACGAGACAUCUGCUUCUGAGCUAGAUAUUAUCAGGGAUAUUUCUCGUACAUUUCCUUCACAUGUAUUCUUCCAGCAGAGACAUGGUCCAGGUCAAAGAUCGCUCUACAAUGUUUUGAAAGCAUAUUCUGUAUAUGACAGAGAGGUUGGAUACGUGCAGGGGAUGGGAUUUGUGGCCGGUCUUUUGCUUCUUUACAUGAGUGAAGAAGAUGCAUUUUGGUUAUUGGUAGCAUUACUGAAAGGAGCUGUCCAUGCCCCCAUGGAAGGAUUGUAUUUGGUUGGACUACCUCUUGUCCAGCAAUAUCUUUACCAGUUUGACCAUUUGGUUAAAGAAUACAUACCAAUGGUGUCGGAGCAUUUUACAAAGGAAAUGAUAAAUCCAAGCAUGUAUGCGAGCCAGUGGUUCAUAACGGUUUUUUCAUAUUCGUUCCCAUUCCAUUUGGCUCUUAGGAUAUGGGACGUUUUCCUUUACGAGGGUGUCAAAAUUGUUUUCAAAGUUGGUUUGGCGCUAUUGAAAUACUGCCACGAUGAUCUGGUGAAAUUACCUUUCGAAAAACUUAUACAUGCAUUGCGUAACUUCCCCGAGGAUGCAAUGAACCCCGACACAUUACUUCCAAUGGCCUAUUCCAUAAAGGUGUCGAAGCGAUUGGAGGAACUGAAGAGGGAAUACGAGGAACAACACGGGAAGCUCUCCGAGCGCGUAAAACAGGCUGCAGCCAUCUUGAAUGGCUCCUCCAACUCCAACUCCAACUCCAACUCCAACUGUGAGUAGAGUUGAAUUCUGUUCUUUCAUUCAUUCAUGCUUCAAUUUAGCUCUCUAACCACUGUUGUAUAUAUAUUUUUUGUGUGUGCAUAUAUUGUUUUUGUUAA